AUGGAAGGUAGCGAACAGGAUAAAAUAAAUGCUAUGAUAUCACAGUCUACUUUUGAUUACGACCCUAGCAAUUACCAAAAAAUUAGAGGACAAAAUCAGCGGGGUGCUGUUCCUCCUAAUUAUAUUUGUUACAAGUGUCAAAAAAGAGGCCAUUGGAUUAAGGAUUGUCCAGCAGCAAUCUCGGGAGAAGCCAUAGAGAUAAGAAGAAGUACUGGCAUACCUAGAAGUUUCAUGGUACCUGUUGAUGGUCCCAAAGCACCUGGAGCCAUGAUGACCCCAAGUGGUACUUUUGCUGUUCCAGCUGUGGAUCAUGAGGCUUAUUUGGCUUCGGAGAGUGCUGGGGGUGCUGACACACCAACCAAUGCCCCAGCCGCACCUGAGCCGACAAUUCCAGAUGAAUUAAUCUGCAGUCUUUGCCGUGAUCUGCUAACUGAUGCUGUUAUGAUACCAUGUUGUGGAAACUCAUUUUGUGAUGAAUGUAUAAGAGGUGCUCUGUUGGAAUCUGAAGAUCAUGAGUGUCCAGAUUGUAGAGAAAAAGAAAUUGCCCCAACAACAUUAAUACCAAACAGAUUUCUGAGGAACUCAGUGUCAGCAUUCCGUAACCAAACAGGCUACAGUAGGAGGAUGCCGCACCGACCAUCUGUUGCUCCUGUACAAGCACCACCCCCAGUAAUUGAUGCUCAACCAGCAGUGCCCCCAGUGCAGUUAGUAAAUGGACCCUUAUUGCCACCACCCGCUACCGCUGAUGCGGUACGGGGUGGUGGGGGAGGUGCGGGCCGAGGGGGCAAUGUGGCCUAUGGGGGCAAUGGGGGCGCCGCGGGCAACCGGGGCGGUGGGGGUGCAGCCGACUGCGGCUCGGAGUCCGAGGGCUCCGGCGACGAUAACAUUGUGGUGACGGUGCCGCCGGCGCACCACGCGCACGCGCACCCUCACCCGCACCCGCACCCGCACCCGCACGCUCACCUGCAUCCGCAUCCGCACCCGCACCGACACGCCAACAUGCACCGACCGCCGCGUAUAGGACCACCGCUAGCCAUUAAACAACCCAACAUUGAGACUCCACCAAUGAAUAUGGCGAGGCUUGACGAGCAAAGGGCCAGCACGCCGACUAUCGACGAGCGACGGGACCCGAUGUCGUCGCAGGUAGUGUUCAAUCGAGGACCUCCGCCUUUUAUACCAGGAGUUCCGCCGCCAACUCAACGUUACCCUAAUCAGCCCUACGGACGCCACGGGCCGCAGGGUCAACGUUUCGCGGACCGAUACAGGCCCCCUCUCGAGCCCUACCAACCGCCGCCGCCAGGCAUCAAGGAUUCUCCCACUAACGGGCACGGCGAGGAUCCGCUCGAGGCGUUCAACCGGAUGAUACGCGAAAAGGAGAUGCGUGCAAAGCGACGCGAGGAACAGCGCAGGCGGGCGCAAUCGGGCUCGAGGAGCGCGUCGAGAUCGCGGACACCGCGUUCGCCGCGCUCGCCGCGCUCACAGCGCUCGCCUCGCUCACCGCGCUCGCAACGUUCACCACGCUCGCAACGUUCUCAACGUUCGCCGCGCUCUCCACGCUCGCCCCGUUCGCCGCGCUCGCCUCGAGUGCGUCCUCGCAGCCGCGGCACAAGCCGACUCCGUUACUCUAGGUCGCGUUCGGCGUCACGCGGGCGUGUCCGUCGCUCGCCCUGGUCGCCACGUCGCAGGCGUACGCGCGACCGUACGCUGUCCCUAACGCGCUCGCCGUCGCCGCGGCGCCGCCACCGGUCUCCGCUGCGCUAUCGCUCCCCGCUGCGGUCUCCGGGGCCUCGGUCUCCGGGGCCUCGGUCUCCGCUGCGGUCUCCCGGUCCCCGGUCUCCGCUGCGGUCCCCGCUGCGCUCGAUGCCGCACUCGCCGCUGCGCUCGCCGCACCGUGCGCCGAUCCGCUCGCCGCCGCCGCGACCCCUGUCGCCGCAUAGGUACGCCGGAGUAUAUGACGAAUUGUUAUCGCCACCGCGUCGUAGUGUUGAGCCGCCUUACGGACCCAGAUAUGGCCCGAGAAAUAAUGCACCGCCUCCUUCAUUUCCUCCUUUAGGUGCGAAACCUAUACCACCUUUAGGAAGUAUCACAGUGCAAACAGAACCCCCGCCGGGGUAUCGCGGACGAUUUGAAGGCCCACCAUUUGAAGAUGUUCCACCUGGCGUGGAGCCCCCCGUUCCUGGAUUCGAGCCAUCACCGUUCGAAAAGCCUUCAUUUGGGCAACCUGGCCCUAUUGAACGAGAUCGAAUACCACCUUCUGGGUAUAGAGAUCCAUAUAGGCCAUCCCCGUAUGGCGAUGGUCCAUCUGGAUACCGGGAUUUGCCGAUACCUACGGUACAAAAUGAGAUUCCAGUUCACAUGCCUGAUCAUCCCUCUCGUUAUCGCGAUAAUUUCAGACCCGGUCAUCCGUACCGUGACCAAGGUCCAGUACCAUUUAGAGAAGGUCAGCCAUAUCGGGAACCGGGACUACAAGGACCAUAUCGCGAUAAUUUUCGAGGAGGGCCACCUCCUCAAUUUCGAGAUAACUCAUAUCGUAAUGUGCCGUAUAGGGAUGGCAAUUUCAGAGAAAACGUGCCUCCCCUUAAUUUCCGUGAACCCGGUGCACCAUAUCGUCCACCGAGUGCUGACCCGCGGGAACCUAUUCCACUUAACUACCAUGAUCCAAAUUAUCGUGAGGGAUAUAGGGAUGAAAAUAAUUCCGGCAGAGAUGUAAUACGCUCUGGUUAUCGUUCCAAUACUCGUAAUAGGGGAGGAAACAGACGGAAUCCAAACAUCGAACAUGAAAAACACAGGGAAGGACGUGAACGGGAGAGAUUUAAUGAAAACAGAGAUCCUCCGUCUGAAAGAGGAGAGAGACCUAGAGAAUUAGAAAAACGGCAGGUGUACGAAAAAAGGGGAGAAGUACGCGAUGAACGCGGACGUGAGUAUGAGAGAAACAGAGACUAUGAUAAGGAAAAAGAACGUGGUCAUGAUAAAGGUACCCCGGAUAAAAAAGUUCGUACCUCUCCUAAGCGCACCCGAGAUCCACGUGAGAAGAAACGAAGUGAAUCAAGAGGCCGUUCAAGAGAUCGUGAUCGAGAAAACAGAAGAGAAAAGAAAGAUGAAAGAGUUCGUGAUAGGAAUUCUGCUGAACGGAGCAGAGAUCAUAAAGACAAAGAUAAGGAAAAGAAAAUUAAAGAUAGAAAGAAGAAAAAGAGAGAAAAGGAAAAGGAUAUUGAAAAAAAGAGAAAGCGCGAUAAAAAAGAAAAGAAAGAAAAAGACUUUAUCAAAAAGGAUAUUGAUGAUAUUGAAAAGAUGGAAUCCAAAACUGAUCUGAAAGAUUUAGAAAAAAAUGUGCCAAAAGAAAAUAAUGUGGUAAAACAUAAUGAAGUAGAAAAACAACGUUCUGAAAUCGGCGGGAAAGAGAGUCUUAAAACAGAACCUAUUGUUGCUAAAGCAAACGACGAUCUUUAUGGUGAUGAAGCAGCAGAAGCCGUGGACAAAGAAAUAAUACAAAAUUAUGUAAAGGCUGACGGCAACGAAGAGUCUACAGAAGAAAAGGUUUUAGAAUCAUGUAAUAAAGAUGAACCGUUUGAUGGAAUUGAACUGCAAGCACCAACUGAGGACCUAGAAGCAGAUAUAGAAGCUACGACUCAAAAUAAGGAAAUGCUAGCACCUUUACCCGAACUAUCAAAAUGGGAAGUAGAGGAUGAUACUAUUGAAAAGGCAAAGGAACCGGGAGAAAUAACUUCCCCUGAAGAAGAAGAUAGUGGUAAAGUGACAUCAGAAGUCAUUAAGAGAGCUGAAAAUGCUAUAUUUGCAAAAGCUAUAAAUUCCUUACGACCAAUAGAAAUAAAAAAGAUAAGUAGUGACCGUGUAAAACUAUAUGGGGAUGAAGCUCAACAAAAAAAUUCUAUGAACAAUAUUCAGAUUACUGUCCCCGUAACAGAUUCUGAACCAAGAUCCAUUGAAUUAAAUGAUAGAAAAAGAAGAUAUUCUAAAACUCCUCCUCCUCGUUUAUCUGUCAAGGAAAGAUUGGGUGGUAAAGUAGAAGAUGUUCGAAGGACAAGAGAAAUGCGUGUUGUACAAAGUACAGUAGAACGAGUGAAAUCAAGAUCUAAAACCCCUAAAAAAGAACAAAUGUAUCGUAGAGUUACAGUAGAAAGGGAAAGAGUUCGUAAAUCCGACUCACUCAAUCGGAUGAAUACAUCUAAAUCAGAUAAACGUAUUAUAACCGAUGACGUCAGAAAUGAAGAUACUCGUAGCAAUGAUUAUAAAAAGAGAGAACUUGAAAGAAAUAGUAAACAUGAUAAAAAGUCAAAUGUGGAUGACAAAUUUGCUACGCGUAGUUUUGGGCAUGAUAAAAAUCCAAGAACUGACAGUAAGGGUACUUCUGCAGAACGUGAAAGGAAAAAAUCAAUUUUAGAUGAGGCUCAUUUUGAACCUGAUUACGACGAAACUGUGGAAUCAGAUAACGAAAUUAAAGAUGACGUUUUAAAGAAACGUGAACGUUCUCUUUCUCCUAUUGGGCCAAGUGACUCAAAGAAAGUGAAACUGGAAGAUACAAUUAAACUAGAUCUGACUAACGUAAAAAAGAAGCCCGAUUCUGACAGUGAAUCGUCAAGUGAUUCUGACGCAACGUCUUCAUCAUCUUCUUCAGAUGCCCGAAGACGCAAAAAGAAGAAAAAACGUAACAAGAAAAAGAAAAAACGCGCUGCAAGUGACAGCGAUAGUGACUCAGACUCGAGUUCAGACGAUCAUAAGAAGAAGAAGAAGAAGCGUAAACAUAAAAAGAAAUCUAGCAAAAAGAAGAAGAAGUCUAAGCAUAAG